AUGAGGAAAAGAUCGGCAUGUCUGCCUGUUUUCGAAUUUCGUUCGAGCAGCCCAAAGGAUAAAGUAACGAUGGGUUUCCUCCAUACCAUGAGUGAAAGUGGUGGUGCACUACUACCAGCAUGGGGAGACUCACCUUCACCUAGACCUUUCUUUCACCAUGUAAGAGGGGAUUUGUAUAUAAAAGGUCUCUUCUGAGUAGCAAUGGCAUCAGAAACCACAAUUUCACUCACAUACCCGGUUGUUGCUACACCACGAGAAGUCGCAUACAGAAUAAUUUCACUUAGGAUCAUCAUGAAAUCAUUCGGGUUUUUGGUCCUGGUUUUCGUGGCUGUUUCGAGCGUUUCCUGUAGAGAAACAAAAGGAGAUAUUAUACGCCCACUGAGACUACCGCUGAAAGGCAAGCGUGGCAUAGCUGAAUUUUCCGGAGGCUACUCAUCCGGUGGAUCAUCCUACAAUUCUCCCAUUCUAAGCUCCGGGUAUAACGGUGGAUCUCUCGGAGGAUACUCCUUGGGACAUUCGGCAGGUAUCCAAAGUUUGGGAAGCGGAUCCUUGGGACACGGUUCCUUGGGAUAUUCGCUGGGAUCUGGAGGACAUGGUUUGGGUUCUGGUCACGGUUUGGCUCUCCAAGGACUCUCCGUAGGAGGACACCUUGGUCAAUCCUCGUAUGGCUCGCAGAGUUCCGUCGGUGGUGGAGGAAGUAUCGGUCUCUUUAAUCCAUCCUCGAAGAAUGGGCCAGUCACAUUUGGCAUCCACGGAGGCGGCGUGGCUGCUAGCAGUUCCAAUAGUUAUUCAACGCCAGUCUACGCAACGGGAGUUCACGGAUUGUCAGCGUACAGCAGUGGUGCUUCAAACAGUAUCAGUCUUCCUAUGUUGGGAUCCAGCCACAGCUCCUCGUACAGUUUGCCGGCAUCCUCUUUGAGUUCGCUGGGUAGCUCCGGAGGUCAUAAUCUGCCAAUUCAAUCUGUCUCCCCGAGUUCGUCCUAUUCGGUGAGCGGAGGUCUAGUUAUAGACCCAAGUUCUCUCGGUAAAGGGUCUUCCAGCUACAGUCUUCCCGUUUCUUCCUCUCACGGAAGUUCGUCCCUCGGAAGCCUCUCUGGUUCUAGCGGUGGUGCCAGCAGCUAUUCUCUCCCAAUAUCUUCGGGGUCUCACGGAUUAUCUAGCAUCUCCUCCAGUUCCGGCGGUUCCGCCGGUUAUUCUCUACCAAUCUCGUCUGGGUCAUCGAACAGCCACAUAAGCCUUUCCGGUGGAUCUUCCGACAGCUCUAGUUACUCUCUUCCUGCAUCCUCAGGAUCCUACGGAUCUGGGUCAUCAAUUUCUAGUUCGCAUUCCAAUUACAUCCCAUCCUCCUCUGAGGUGUCAUACUCUUCAGGUGGAAGUUCCAGUUAUUCGAGUCCCUCGGUCACUUAUUCCGGCUCCGGCUCCAGCUAUUCAUCACCUGCAUCCAGCUACUCCAGUCCCAGUUCCAGCUACUCCAGUCCCAGUUCCAGCUACUCCAGUCCCAGUUCCAGCUAUUCCAGUCCCAGUUCCAGCUAUUCUGGAUCUUCCAGUGCUUAUUCUUCGAGUUACUCGGCUCCUUCUUCUUCGUACGGUACUCCCAUCGAGUCUCACGGCUCCUAUUCCAAUUUGAGUCCCAGAUACGUUUCAUAUCCCAGUGCAAAGAGCUACGACAGCCUGAAUUCCGGCAGCAAUAAAUACGAUACGAUUUCGUAUUCCAGUCCAAGUGGAAAGUACUAA